AUGGGAUGGCAGAAGAUGUCGAUAUGGCCCGUCAAUCGAGAGAGCGUAACUCAGUCGAAACGGCGGUCCGAGAUAUGGCCUCCCGCAAAGUUCGAAAUUGCCCCAACGUGCAGCCACGCUCAGAAUCGAUUCAGGCCUGGGGCCAAAAGAGACCGGCGAGGUGACCGAUGGGGCGUCGAUCCCGAUGAGUAUGUGGCGAACGCCUCGUUUUUGGAAUUUGGCAGACGCUUCCGUCUUUUAGACAUUCUAGGCCUCCCGUGUCAAUUUGGCGUGGACCUGCUCUGCGCACAGACGUUCGUGGGUCGCACAGCUGCACUUCUGUCCUGGCCCCUGUGCUUCUUGUUGAGUGUUGGAUCUUCCUUUCUUCUUACCUUCCGUCUUCCAACAUUCCCCUUACGCACCACCCUCAUCAUCGUUCAUCGCAUCAUGUCCGUGGUCACGGUUCAGACAAAGCCCUUCGAGGGCCAGAAGCCCGGCACAUCGGGUCUUCGAAAGCGCGUCAAGGUCUUCUCCCAGCAGCACUACACCGAGAACUUUGUCCAGGCCAUCCUUUCGGCCAUCCCCACCGGCGCCGCCAACUCGACGCUCGUCGUCGGCGGUGACGGUCGCUACUUCUCCAAGCCCGCCAUCCAGGCCAUCAUCCGCCUCGCCGCCGGUAAUGGUGUCUCGAAGCUCAUCAUCGGCCAGGACGGCAUCCUCUCCACCCCCGCCGCCUCCCACGUCAUCCGCUCCUACAAGGCUACCGGUGGCAUCUUGCUCACCGCUUCGCACAACCCUGGUGGACCCGACAACGAUUUCGGUCUCAAGUACAACAUGGAAAACGGUGGUCCCGCUCCCGAAUCCGUCACCAACAAGAUCUUUGACAUCACCAAGACCAUUUCCGAGUACAAGAUCGUUGAGGGUCCCGAGGUCGACCUCUCCAAGAUCGGCGAGACGACGUUUGGUAAUCUCAAGAUCCAGAUCAUCGACAACGUCAAGGACUACGUCGAAUACUUGUCGCAGAUCUUUGACUUUGCGCUCAUCAAGGACUUCCUCCAGUCUUCUGGAUUCACCGUCCGAUUCGAUGCCCUGCACGGUGUCACCGGUCCCUACGGCCGCGCGCUGUUCGUCGAGCAGUUCGGGCUUCCCGAAUCGAGCAUCCAGAACUGUGUUCCCUCGGAGGACUUUGGAGGUGGACACCCUGACCCCAACUUGACCUACGCCAAGUCGCUCGUCGACGCCGUUGAAAAGGAAAACAUCUCCUUCGGUGCCGCUUCCGACGGUGACGGUGACCGCAACAUGAUCAUCGGCAAGGGCGCGUUUGUCAACCCUUCGGACUCCGUCGCCAUCAUCGCCGACUGGGCGCAAAAGGCAAUCCCUUACUUCAAGUCUGGCAUCAAGGGUCUCGCUCGUUCCAUGCCCACCUCGGGCGCCAUCGACCGCGUCGCCGCCAAGAACGGCUACGAAUGCUUCGAGGUCCCCACCGGCUGGAAGUUCUUCGGUAACCUCAUGGACGCCGGCCGACUCAGCAUCUGCGGUGAAGAGUCGUUCGGCACCGGUUCGGACCACAUCCGCGAAAAAGACGGUCUCUGGGCCGUCGUCGCCUGGCUCUCGAUCCUCGCCGCUGCCAACAAGGAGAAGCCCGGCACCUCUGUCUCGGACGUCCUGCUCGCCUUCUACAAGCAGUACGGACGCAACUUCUUCUCCCGCUACGAUUACGAGGAAGUCGACUCCGACGGCGCCAACAAGCUCAUGGCCCACCUGCGUUCGCAGUUCGAGAGCGCCAGCUUCAAGGGCACCAAGCUGGGCGAGUUCGAGGUGGCCGAGUCCGGCGAUUUCAGCUACACCGACCCCAUCGAUGGAAGCGUCAGCAAGAACCAGGGCUUGUACAUCAAGUUCGUCGAUGGCUCGAGGAUUAUCUUCAGGUUGAGCGGUACGGGCAGUGCGGGUGCGACGAUCAGGUUGUACGUGGAGAAGUACUCGAACGACGAGGCAGAGUACGGGGCGGACGCGCAGGUCGGGCUGAAGCCAUUGAUCGAGCAGGCGUUGUUGGUGUCCAAGCUGAAGGAGUUUACCGGAAGGUCCGAGCCUACGGUCAUCACCUGA